AUGGGAUUAGGACUGCUAGUGUCCAUCGAUCCAGAGGAGAUCUCGAAGCCAAACUCCAAUGGCCUGACUCUGGAUCAGGUAGCUUACUUCGGUCAGGCACUCGUUGAGAUUACUCCGGAGAAUUUUGAUUCAAGUCUUUCCUUUUUGCGCCAGAAUUUCUCCAAGCUAGCGAUCCUCUUUGAUGUCCGAAAGCUCAAAAGUUGGGACAGUGUGGUCGAUAUACUCAAUAAUGGAGCGUCCAAGAUCUUUGUCACUUUCGAGCAGCUGAAAGCUUUGUCCCAGGAGCAGACGAUAUCGCCUGAUCGACUGGUUCUUACCAUUUCUCUCGAAAAUCCUAAAACCGACCUGGCCAAAUUAAACUCCUUCCUCCAAGCCAACCCGACAUGGAAGAACACAGAAUGGGCAUUCGACGGGGACAAGGGUAAUGAGUACGUCGAUGUAGUUCUGAAAGAGCUUGGAAAUUAUCCACCCAGCCCAGAUCAGACGAUUUUUGUCACCGUAACCCGGGAGACUGGCGGGCGACAUCUUCUCCAUGAAUAUCCUGGGAAUGCCCUGAUAAUUUCCUCCAAAUCUUUGACUUUCGACCCAUCCAAGGAUUCAGACCAGAAAUUAAUUCCAGCUGUGGAUUUAGUGCUUGCCGGCGCGACCGCUGACCGGAAGACCGGCCUCUAUGCGACAACUGUUGUGGACGAACGUGACGUGGCUCUAGGAUUGGUGUGGAGCAGCAAGGAGAGUGUAGCGGAGGCUUUGAAAACCGGAGCAGGAGUGUAUCAGAGUCGUAAAAGAGGUCUGUGGCACAAAGGCGCCUCAAGCGGAGAUACUCAAGAACUUAUUAGCAUGGGAUUUGAUUGUGACAAGGACUGUCUGAUCUUUAAAGUCCACCAAAAGGGCCGAGGGUUCUGUCAUCUGGGCACAAUGUCAUGCUGGGGCAAGGUUUCGGGAUUAUCGAGACUGCAACGGACGCUGCAGGAGAGGAAGAUUGAUGCUCCCGCCGGAUCAUAUACUAAUCGACUCUUCAACGACCCAAAGCUAGUAAACGCCAAGAUCAAGGAGGAAGCCGACGAGCUUUGUGAAGCAACAACGAAGGAAGAGAUUGCAUCGGAGGCGGCUGAUCUAUUAUACUUUGCGCUUGCAAGAUGUGUAGCUGCGGAUGUCACCAUGGAGGAUAUUGAGAGAAACCUAGAUCUGAAGAGCCUCAAAGUCAAACGGAGGAAGGGCGACGCAAAACCCCAGUAUGUUGAUGAGAAGCCCACUAGUGAGACAGAGCAACAACCAGGAACGAAUGGUGCCAAUGACCAUCAGGAUGAAGAGCUCAAAGAAGCAGCCUCUGUGCCCACGUCGCGCUCAGAUGCAGCGGGCACUAUUUCCGGACGGAUACAAAUGAAACGUUACUCGACCUCACAAACCUUCUCUGACGAUAUCCUGAAGUCUGCUCUACAGCGACCCUCUCAGAAAUCGAACGAAAAGAUCAUGUCGCUUGUCCAACCGAUCAUUGCGGAUGUCCGCGCGAAGGGCGACUCUGCUGUCUUGAAAUACACCCACAAAUUCGAGAAGGCAACAUCACUGAAAGCUCCCGUGCUUAAAGCACCAUUCUCGGAAUCUCUUAUGCAGCUCCCAGAAGAGACAAUAAAGGCCAUCAAUACCUCCUACGACAACAUCCUGAAAUUCCACUCUGCGCAGAAAUCAUCAGGUCCACUGGUGGUUGAUACAAUGCCUGGCGUCACUUGCUCACGGUUCUCAAGACCGAUCGAGAAGGUCGGCCUCUAUAUUCCAGGUGGCACUGCCGUUCUACCCUCCACAGCUCUCAUGCUUGGUGUUCCGGCCAUGGCUGCUGGAUGCAAGAAUAUUGUCCUCGCAACUCCCCCGCGGUCGGAUGGCACAAUCACUCCGGAGAUCGUCUAUAUUGCACACAAGGUGGGAGCCGAAGCAAUAGUUUUGGCGGGCGGGGCACAGGCUAUUGCUGCUAUGGCUUAUGGCACCGAGUCGAUCACCAAAGUCGACAAGAUCCUUGGACCUGGAAAUCAGUUCGUGACAGCUGCAAAGAUGAUCGUCUCCAACGAUACGUCUGCAGCCGUCUCGAUAGACAUGCCGGCUGGCCCGUCAGAGGUUCUCGUCGUAGCCGACAAAACGGCCGAUCCAGCGUUUGUGGCAAGUGAUCUGCUCUCACAAGCCGAGCACGGCACAGAUAGUCAGGUCGUGCUGAUUGCCGUCGACUUGGACGAUCAGCAGCUGCAAGCCAUCGAAGACGAAGUGCACAAACAAGCACAUGAACUACCACGAGUUGACAUUGUGCGCGGAGCAAUCGAACACUCAAUCACGAUCUCGGUACGCAACCUUGCCGAAGCCCUAAAAUGGUCAAAUCACUAUGCACCAGAGCACUUGAUCCUGCAGACCGCCAAUCCACACUCGGCACUCCCAGACAUACAAAAUGCGGGCUCCGUGUUCCUGGGCCAGUGGACGCCGGAGAGCGUGGGCGACUACAGCGCGGGCGUCAACCACAGCCUCCCGACCUACGGCUACGCACGACAAUACAGCGGCGUCAAUCUAGGCAGUUUCAUGAAGAACAUUACCAGCUCUGAAGUCACCGAGCAAGGGGUCGGCCAGGUCGGCUUCGCAGUGAUGGAACUCGCUAGGGUGGAGGGUCUCGAUGCACAUCGCCGCGCGAUGGAGUUAAGGAUGGAACGACUGGGAUAUGUCGAGAAGCGCGUGGCUCCAGUCGCGGAGGAUAAGGGUGAUGUUGUUCCACAACCGCAACCGGAAAGAAGCGAGCAGCGACCUGGUGUCCAAACCCAGUUCGCGCCGGCCGCUGUGGCCACGGCUGUGCAGACGGGGGUAAAGGCCACUCUUGGUGCUUUGGCUCAGAAGACUUGA